GGCCUUCGCAUUCCUGCGUUGGAUCUCCACGCUUGCGUUGCCAUGGACGUGAAUGCACAAGAUAACACCUCAAGCUCUUGUUAAAUGUUAGUAUUGGAGUGGAGAGGCAGAAUUAACAGAAGAAAAUAAUAGAAAGAUAAAAAGAAAUCAAACUGUCGAGUGAUGAAGCUCAGCUCCGCGCUAAGCGUCGCUUCAAUUUUACUGUUUUUUGCAUUUUUCGUAUUAGUGUCUGUAGGUUCGGCGAAGAAAUCUGGGGAUGUGACGGAGCUGCAGAUCGGUGUGAAGUACAAGCCUAAGACUUGUGAAGUGCAGGCUCACAAAGGCGACAGUGUUAAAGUACACUACAGGGGAAAGCUGACUGAUGGAACAGUUUUCGAUUCCAGCUUUGAAAGAGGGGAUCCAAUUGAAUUCGAACUUGGUAGUGGUCAAGUAAUCAAAGGAUGGGAUCAAGGACUACUAGGAAUGUGCUUGGGAGAGAAGAGGAAGUUGAAAAUUCCAUCCAAACUUGGUUAUGGCGAGCAGGGAUCCCCACCUACAAUCCCAGGUGGUGCCACACUCGUUUUUGAUACUGAGCUGAUGGGAGUGAACGGGAAAACAUUGAGCGGCGAAAAUUCGAGCGGCGACGAACUGUAGAGCCGGAGACUAGGUAUUGAUGUUCAAGCCUUUUCUACAAAAGACUGCACGUUUGCUUCAAGAAUGAGUAGAAGUUUGGGCAUUUUUUCCUCUUUGUACGAAAUUUGCUUUAGAAUCUGCACAACAUGAAAUUCCACCUGCUAUUGUAGAGAAGAAUUAGCUCUUCUGGUAAAGUCUUGGUGGAAUCUGCGGCUAUCAGUUUUAUGUGUCGAUUUUAAGUUAAUUUAUAUAUGGAUCCAAAUUUAUACUAUGUAGUUAAUUUUUUUAGGAAAAGCUCAUAAAUUUCAUUGAGGGGGCUUUCCUCUCUUUAUCC